UCUGGGUUUCCGCUUCCCUCCUGGGUGCGGGGCGUGAGGGAGCAAGACCGAGCUUUGUUCUUGUCGCCGUCAUGUGGCCCCCCGACCCGGACCCCGACCCGGACCCCGAGCCCUCCGGCCGCUCCCAGUCUGGCGCGGCGGUCCCCGGGCUCCGAGCCCUCCUGCCCGCGCGCGCCUUUCUCUGCUCGCUCAAAGGCCGCCUCCUGCUGGCGGAGUCGGGUCUCUCCUUCAUCACCUUUGUCUGCUAUGUGGCGUCGUCAGCAUCUGCCUUCCUCACUGCGCCCCUGCUGGAGUUCCUGCUGGCCCUCUUCUUCCUCUUUGCUGACGCCAUGCAGUUGAAUGACAAGUGGCAGGGCUUAUGCUGGCCCAUGAUGGACUUCCUGCGCUGUGUCACAGCAGCCCUCAUCUACUUUGCCAUCUCCAUCACAGCUGUCGCCAAAUACUCAGAUGGGGCUUCCAAAGCAGCCGGGGUGUUUGGCUUCUUUGCCACCAUUGUGUUUGCAAUUGACUUCUACCUGAUCUUUAAUGAUGUGGCCAAAUUCCUCAAACAAGGAGGCUCUGCAGACGAGACCACAGCCAACAAGGCGGAAGAAGAGAAUUCUGACUCUGACUCCGACUGAAGGGCUGCCCUGCCCGGGCAACCUGAGCCACGUGCGCCCUCACUCCUGCACUUCGGACCGGCUGGCCGGAGCAUGGCCUGGGGACCGGGUGUGUUUCGAGGGAGGCCGUGACUUCUUGGGCAGCGGCAGGAGUUGCUGAUGGAGCGGGCCUCCUCGCAGCUUUCAGGUGCCGCCUCUGAGCCCAGCACACAGGAGGCGGCCCUUGGCUUAGCGUAUCUAACCACUCCGCACAGGAGGCCGUCGUGAAUAGUCAGCCACUCCUCAUCUCUGUUCCACAGACAUAAGCCCUUUAACCUCUGCCAAAAUAAGCACAAAGGGACAAAGCAGACAGAGCCUUGUUACCCCAUCACAGGAAUAUCCCACGCCGAGGGGGUGGGUGGGAGUAAUGGGACGAGGCACAAGUAAGACAGAAACCACCCAGGGGCCAACCACCAACCCGCCUGGCCCCAGUGACUUGUCCCCAUUUGGUGCCCCUGCUCGUUCCAGGCACUUUGUCAAAAAUGAUCCUUCCAAGAUGCUUUGGUUCAAGGAGCAGUACUUCCCUCGUCAUUCUUUAAACAGGGAGAAAAUUGCCCUUUGCCCUUAACUGACACCUCACAGCCUCAGAAACCAGGUCUUCUUCGGUGGCCUGACUAUUCUGGGUCUAAGACUAUUUUAAAGAAAAGCUGGCAAAGCAGCUUACCAGGUCCCAAAGAUGAAACAGCAGGGACAACAUCCUGGGUGGCUGGGCAGGCCCAGCCAUGGCUUCUCUUUCCCUGGGGACCCGCCAGCAGGAGACAGGUUCCUGGACCCCCAGGACAAUGUCCUAGACACCAGAGCGUGUCUCCUGACCACCUCCCAAGAGGUGGAACGUGCCUUCUGUGUUCGCCUAAGGACCUAUAUGCUGUGUAUAUAUCUCCAGUGGGACUUUGUAACCUUUUCUGUAUAUUUUUUACACAAAAGCAUCUUCUUAAAUAGCAUUUCCCGUGACCCAAGAGGCCUUGUGAAAUGAGCCAGAGUUCUGGACCCAUUUGGGGACGUUUGUAACUUUUGUUCUUCCCUUGCAUGUGAAUCUCCUAUUCCUGAAAAAAGUCAAAAUGAAUUAAACCAGACUGACUACC